CCAUUACGCCUCCCUCCCCUCUUUCCCUCUCUCGCCGACGACAUGGCGGAGGAGCGAAAAAAAAGAGAGAGGAAUAAAACAAAGCUAGAAUCCGGCGAAAAAUAUUAAAAAGCCCUUCGCGAAACCCCCAUUGAAGAGAAGAAUUCUCUCCGCUUAUCUCUACUCCCGCCGCCUUGAAAUCCGAGAAUCUCUCCGUCUCUCUGUCCGUAAAUUUCAGUGAAUUAUUUCUUAUUGAUUCGAAGCCAUUGAAACCCUUUUCUCCGAUCCAGGAAACCCGAAUCGAAGCCCUAAUUCAAAUCCUAAUUAGGGUUUCGGCUCGGCUUAUUUUCUAGGGUCUGUGUGGGUUCUCGGAGAGGAUUUUCUUGUUUAGGGUUCGGAAUCUUGGAUUGGUUUGUUCUCGGUUUUGUUUGAAUUGGAGGUGUUUUCGGGUUUGGAUGGGGUGAGGGGAGCUGCGGGGGAUGGGGGAUUGAUCAUGGUGCGGCUGCUGGGAUUGAAUCGCUUCGGUGUCGACGACUCCCCGCGCGAGAUCACCCGCACGAGUCCCAUCGUCGCCGGCGGCGAGAGCAGCGGGGAGAACGGGUGGCUGAUCCGGUUCUUCGACUCGGCCUUCUUCUGCGAGUGGAUCGCGGUGAGCUACCUUUACAAGCAUGACCACCCUGGGGUGCGCGACUACCUUUGCAACCGGAUGUACACGCUACCGCUCGCCGGCAUUGAGAGCUACCUCUUCCAGAUCUGCUACAUGCUCGUCCACAAGCCGAGCCCCUCGCUCGACAAGUUCGUCAUCGAUACGUGCUCGAAAUCCCUUCGGAUCGCUCUCAAGGUGCACUGGUUUUUAAUGGCCGAGCUUGAAGACUCCGAGGACAACGAGGGCAUCAGCCGGCUCCAGGAGAAGUGCCAGAUCGCCGCCACCUUGAUGGGGGAGUGGCCGCCGCUGGUUCGUGUGCCCCCGGCCUCCGCCAGCGCCCCUUCCAGUCCCAAGAGUAAGCCGGUGCUCAACCGGAUACUCUCGUCCAAGCAGCGGCUGCUGUCCUUGGCCUCGUCCCCGGCAUUGGGAUCCAGCCCCCCGAUUGAGGAGAGCAGCAAGAGCAAUAGCAGUGGAGAUGGGAACAGCAGGGCUUUGACCUCUUCAGAGGAAAAUAAGCUGUUGAAGAAGCUGAUCCCGGGGCCAAAAGUACGGGAUGCGUUUUUCUUUAGGAAGUCCAUGGAGAAGGGGGCGGAGGAGUCGGACAAAGAUGGUUUUUUUCGAAGGCUUCUCAGGGAAAGCAAGGAUAAGGAAGAGGAGGAUUCAGACAAGGAUGGGUUCUUUCGUAGGUUGCUCAGAGAUAGCAAGGAUAAGGAGGAUGAGGAUUCAGAAAAGGAUGGCUUCUUUCGGAGACUGCUCAGUAUCAACAAGGAUGAAGAUGUGGAGCUGACUGCAAGUUCAGAAAGCUUUAUCAAGAGACUGUUUCGUGAUAAAGAUGAGAAAUUGGGAGAGGAGGAUGAGAAGGACAGUUUUUUCCGUACGAUUUUCAAGGACAAGAAUGAAGAGAAGAAAGAUGGUGGCAAUGAUAGAAAUGAGGAGGAUAAGGCAAGGAGGAGCAUCGAGGAAGAUGAGAAAGAUGGUUUUUUCCGCAGGCUUUUCAAAGACAAGAUUGAAGACAAAAAAGAUAGUGGGCAAGAUAGGAACAUGGAGAAAGAUAAGGAUAAUGAGAGUAUCGAGGAGGAUGAAAAGGAAAGUUUUUUUCGCAGGCUAUUCAAAGACAAGAAUGAAGAGAAAAAAGAUGGCGGGCAUGAUAGGAAUGAGGAGGAAGGCAAAUUCGGCAGGAGUGUUGAGGACGACAAUUUCUUCCGUAGGCUUUUUAAGGACAAGAAUGAAGAAAAGAAGGUUGUUGGGCAUGAUAAGAAUGAAGAGGACAAGUGUAAUGGGAGCACUGAGGAAAGUGAAAAGGAUGGCUUCUUCCGUAGGUUUUUUAAGGACAAGCAUGAGGAGAAGAAAAAUGAAGGGCAUAAUAGGAAUGAGGAAGCCAAUAAGCAAAAUGGGAGUUUUGAGGAAGAGGAUGCUUCAGAAUUUUUGUCAUUCCGUAGGUUGUUUAGAGUGCAUCCUGAAGAUGUUAAGACAAGGGGUAGCAGUGAGAAUGGUCUUUCCAGUGGUUCGCUGGAGAGCAGCCCAGGGACAGAGAACUUCUUCCGGAGGCUUUUUCGGGAUAGAGACCGCUCUGUAGAAGAUUCUGAACUGUUUGGUUCAAAGAUACACAAGGAGGUAACAAAGCGUCCUGGUUCACCAAGACAACGGAAUGAAAAGCAUGGAAAGCCGCCUCUACCAAAUAAUGUGAUAGCAGAAAUUCGCAAGGGGUCCUAUCAUGCUUCAUUGGAGUUUGUUCAAUCACUGUGCGAAACAUCAUAUGGGCUAGUGGACAUUUUUCCUAUUGAAGAUCGCAAAAUUGCUCUUCGUGAGUCGCUCAUGGAGAUCAAUUCACAUCUUGCUGCUGCUGAGAAAAAUGGAGGAGUUUGCUUUCCAAUGGGAAAGGGAAUGUACAGGGUGGUUCAUAUACCUGAGGAUGAAGCUGUUCUUCUGAAUUCUAGGGAGAAGGCACCUUACCUAAUAUGUGUUGAGGUCUUAAAAGGUGAAGCACCAAGUCAUACAAAGGUGUCUUCCGAUGCUCAAAAGCUCUCUAAAGGGGGGAUUCCUCUAGCAAAUGGAGAUGCACAAUUGCCAAAGCCUCCUCCGUGGGCAUAUCCUUUAUGGAGGCAGUAUGACAUGCAUCAAAAUGUUACAGAUAGGAUGCUGAUGUCUACGUCACAGGCUAUUGACCAAGCAAUGACUCAGUUAUGGGAGGCCAAAGUAAAAUUUGUUCAUGUCAGUUUCUCUAUUGAGAAGCAAUUUGAAGAUUGCUCAAAGAGUAGUGAAGGGCCUGACUCUCGACACAGCAUCCAGCAAGCUGUAAAUGGGCAAUAUCCAGCUCGUGAGCUAAGACCUAAUGUUGAUCACAACUUGGAAUGGAUAAGUGUUAAUCUGACAGCAGUUCCUGGGGUCAACAUGGAAGAUGUGGAUGAUCAAGAGCCAGCACGUCGAAAAGACCAUCGCCGUGUUCCAAGCACCAUUGCCAUAGAGGAAGUAAAGGCUGCUGCAGCGAAAGGACAGGCUCCACCUGGGCUACCUUUGAAGGGAGCUGGACAGGAUUCUGAGGAUGCAAAACCAGAGGUGAUGAAUGGUGGCACUCCUAAACCCACUGAUGCUUUGUCUGGUGAACUUUGGGAGGUAAAGAAGGAAAGGAUACGGAGGUCAUCAGUGUAUGGGAAAUCACCUGGUUGGGACUUAUGUUCUAUGAUUGUGAAGAGCGGUGAUGAUUGCAGACAAGAGCAUCUGGCUGUGCAACUUGUUUCACAUUUCUAUGAUAUAUACCAAGAAGCUGGCCUGCCACUUUGGUUACGUCCUUAUGAGGUUCUUGUUACAUCUUCUUAUACAGCCCUGAUCGAGACUAUUCCUGAUACAGCUUCAAUUCAUUCCAUAAAAAGUAGGUUUCCUAAUAUCUCAAGCUUGCAUGAUUAUUUCAUAGCCAAAUAUGAAGAAAAUUCUCCAAAUUUUAAACUUGCCCAGAGAAAUUUUGUGGAGAGCAUGGCCGGAUAUUCCAUAUUAUGUUACCUUCUUCAGGUUAAGGAUCGACACAAUGGAAAUCUUUUAAUGGAUGAAGAAGGACAUAUCAUUCAUAUCGAUUUUGGUUUCAUGCUAUCUAAUUCUCCUGGGGGUGUAAAUUUCGAGAGUGCACCAUUUAAGUUGACUCGAGAGCUUCUUGAGGUGAUGGAUUCUGAUGCAGAAGGAACUCCUAGCGAAUUCUUUGACUACUUCAAGGUGCUAUGCAUUCAAGGUUUUCUUACAUGUCGCAAGCAUGCGGAGCGCAUCAUACUUCUUGUUGAAAUGCUGCAGGACUCUGGCUUCCCCUGCUUUAAAGGCGGUCCUCGUACUAUACAGAACUUGAGGAAACGGUUCCAUUUGAGCCUUACAGAAGAGCAAUGUGUCUCGUUGGUGCUCUCCUUGAUAAGUAGCAGCUUAGAUGCAUGGAGGACACGACAGUACGAUUACUACCAGCGGGUACUGAAUGGGAUUUUGUGAGGUGCUUUCAUCUAUUACAGGUUCUUCUUGCCGAUUUGCUUUUUUCUCCUUCAUAAAAAGCAAACCUACAGAAGGAUGUUAGGCCAAAGGAAGUUUGGUUUCUAUAGAGAGGGGUUUUUUGAGCCUGAUCAAGUGGUUUAAUGUCAAUAACUCAGCACCUCUGACACUUUGGUCUUACGUGGUGACUUCCUUGAAUGAAAGUUGCAUUGCAAGUCUUGUGGGAGAUGAAGUUGUUUAAUCUUUGGCAGAUUCUAGACGGAAGCAUACAAGACUAAAUUGCAAGUGGUGACAUUGUUUCUGUGAUCUGUAACUGAGAGCUGCAUUCCCACAUUGUUGUAGAUAUAAAGGUUAGCAUAUAUGAGAUAUUCAAAAGAAAAGAGAUUUAAUUGUCAGUGACUGUACAGAAGAGGUUAAUUUGAUGUCAAAUGGACAAAAGAGGGCCACGGAGACGGCAUGUGUACAAGGAGCCCAGUUGAUUCUUGUCUGAAUUGUAAAAGUUUUCCCUGGUCAUAGCUGUGAUUUGUGAACAAACAUAGCUUUGAGGUUAUGAGAUACCUGAAAACAUUUGUGCAUUCAAUUCUUGGCAGAAAUGUAAUGAAGCACUUGGUGAUUUUGAAAAAAAAAAAAAAGGCCCAGCUGCUUCCAGUCUGUGCUCAUUGACAUCUUUGCUUUAUUUUUAUGAUUCCUUGGAACAUUUCUUUUGUUGUUUCACUUUUUGCUUGGAAUUCUCCAGUUAGCCUUGCAUACUUUGAUUUGGAUUUCAGGAUACUAUGUAUAAACUAUGUAUAAUAUUCACCAACAAUGCUUGUUUUCAUAAGGAGAUGCAUUCUUAUUUCUA